AUAAUAGCGGCAAAAACCUGCGGCAAAUUCAGAGAGGAGCAUCUCCAAGCCUCGCCUUCCCACAGGCUGCAGCGAGCUGUACUUGGAUUCAGCAGAACAGAAAGGCUAGCCUACAGUUUCAUUAGGCUACUACUUCACGUUAUUUGGAUGUAUGUGGAUGUGAAUCAUAAACAACGCGCCCGCGAUCAUCUGCGCUCAUUCCUUCUAGAAGAGGGGACCUUUAAACGAGCACUUCCCUUUUUGCUUGGAAGAAUGGAGAGCAUUGGAUCUAGUGCCAGAUGAGUGGUUACUUGUCUCGCCAGGAGAAUGGACAUCUGCUUUCGGAAAAUCAGAGCCAGCUGUAGCCUACCAGGGAUCACUCGGAGACACAUAGGCGCUACCGGAGCAAUGGAAGCAGUACGCCGUCUUCACAACUCGGAGACAAAUUGCAGGCGCUACGAACCGGAGCAAGGACUAAUCUCGCCUCAUAAUGAGGCGGUGACCUCCUAUUUGCUCGGAGCAAUAUCUGCAAGUCCAGAUUUACACGAUGUUGAUAAAGACGACAUUGUGUCCGCCUGUAAGACAUGUUAUGAGACGGUACGCAGGAGCUUUAGAUAUACCCAGCCAGAAAACUCAUUGCAGGCGGAAGCUGCGAAGAGUUCAGCUCGGAGUCGAGCGAGAAGAAAGAGGCUGCUGGAAUCGAGACAGAGUGUGCUAGCAGAUGACGAGGUGGAACUCUGGAAGUCCGCCACCGUAGACCUCAUGUCUGACGAAGAAGAUGGCGUUGUUGGCGGGGUCUCUACAUUAUUAUUGGGGAUCUGCCAACCAAUCACGAGUGAUUUUACUUGUUUGAAAGUUGUGGUUUCAUCCAAUACUAAGUAA